CGGGCCACUAUGGCAGCGGCUUCAUCGGCAACGUCCUCGUCACCGCCCCAGAUAAAGGUCAAGAAAGAGCUCUGCUCCGACAACGACACGAUCAAGGAACUGGCUGAAACGGCCAUGAACGAUAUCCUUGGCUGGUACGGGUACGACAGUGUCGAUCGGUUGGAGCUGCCGGCUGCCAACAGUUUGGCGUCUUCGUCGCGGGCGCACGACGAGGAACCGCCGCCGACGACGACGACCCGGUUGCAUGCGAACAGCGAGGCGCCCAUCACGACGAUAACGUCCCCCGGUUCGCCGUCUUCGAAGCCCUCCGCAACGGCCAAAGCCAAAUCCCAUCAACAGCAGCAGCAGCAGCUGCAGCUCCAGGCUCAGGUUGCACACGGCGAAAGUUCCACGUCCGAGAAGGACAGCUCGAGGGAAAGUUCCAAGAGCCCGAUGAUGAUGAAAAUACUGGACAAACCGGAGCAGAUUUGCCAGUGGUGCCGGAAGGUGAUCCCGGCGCACCAGACCGGCAUCCUCGGCACGACGGAAGGCAUGAUAUUCUGCACCGAGGCGUGCUUCUCGCAGUCGCGCCGGGCGUCCUUCAAGCGGGCCAAAACGUGCGACUGGUGCCGGCACGUGCGCCACGCCGUCAGCUACGUCGACUUCCAGGACGGUGCCUCGCAGCUGCAGUUCUGCUCGGACAAGUGUCUCAACCAGUACAAGAUGCAAAUCUUCUGCAACGAAACGCAGGCCCACCUGGAGAUGAAUCCGCACCUGAAGGAGAAGGGCUCGUCGGCGGGAAGUCUCAUAACGCCCGAACUGUGGAUGAAGAACUGUAAAAGCUGCUCGAUGUCGCCGGUGUCCGAUCGCUCGGCGGAAUCACUGUCGCCGGCCCCGUCCGAGCUAGCUUCGCUCCUUCGCUCCUCCUCACCGGAACCACCAUCUCCGACGCGUGCCCCGUUGCCCAAAAAGCCACUCAUUUCCGUCGCCCCGCCAUCGAAGCUGCUCUCCAAGACGCUCGCGACGGCACUGGCGAGCCGCUCUAGUCCGAAGGGUUCCCGCAAACGUCGACCCAGUCACCGGCCGCAGGCAAUGAGUUCCUCCAUCACCACCACCAACGCCAAACGAGCGUCGCUUCAAUCCGAUCCUGGGGCCGCCGCCGCCACCCGGGAAUCGGUCGUGGUCGGUAGCUUCAACAACAACAACAACAACGUGCCCAACAAUAAUCUGCGGUCCUCGUCCGGAAGUCCGUCCGGGAUGAAACCGUGCGCCGCCCUGCCGUCGUCGGUGGUCGUCAUGUCGCCCAACGUGCAGGAUCUGCGGAUGCUCCAGAAAAAGCACCCGGUGUUCGGUGGUGACGGACGAGAGCCUCCGCUCGGGGCCAGUGUUUUGGCACCACCACCACCACCGCCCCAGUUUCUGGCGCCACCCGGGUUGAAUCUCAUCCGGCCACCCGGGUUCUUCCCUCUGAAUCCGGCUCUGCGCUUUAACGGCGGUCCGCUUGCGGGCCUGGUGCCACCGAUGCCGCCACCACCGAGUCCACUGCCGGGUGGUGGUGGUCCGCCACCCGGCCACCGACCGCCACCACCAGUGCCCGCGCUGCUUGGCUUCCCGGGUGCUGCCGCGGCGGCCCCUCCCGUGACGAUUCUAGUCCCGUAUCCGAUCAUCGUGCCGGUGCCGCUACCCAUUCCCAUACCGAUACCUGUGAUAGACUUCCUCAAAGCAGCGCUGCCAUCCGACGACACGAAGGCGUCACAGAGCGAAGAGACGCGGGACCCGCAGAAGGAACCGGACACCGUGCAGGACGAUGGUCCACUCGAUUUUACCGUGAGUGGCGUCGGGAAGGGUCAGGACGAACGGAGAACCCUUCACGAUGCAUCUGCGGAACCAGAACCGGCGACGAUCGAAACGGAAUCCCCUUCCGAUCCGGUGUUUCCCAGGUUUAAGCGCUUGGAGGUGGUGCGACAGGAUUCCGAGGGCAGCUCGGCGGAACGAACGGUGAUGGUGGUGGGACCGGAACCGGCUGACAACGACGAUGUGGAGGAAGACAUGGAACGGGAGCGAAAGGAACUGGUGGAGCGUAGCCGUCCGCUGCGGAAGCGAAAACGGCUCGUGGUGCAGCAACAUCUGCAGAUCGAGCCGCCGCGGUCCCAACCACAGCCCAGUGACCCGCUGCUGCUGAGUGACGGUGGCGCGGAGCAGGCCCCGGCCGAAGAGCAGUAGCGAGCGUAAAACGCCGGAAUACAAUUCCACCAUCGGGGCGGGCGGGCCAGUGUUCCUUCCCUGAUCCCUGCACACGCUCGUUCGAGUCAUAGGCCCAUCGGUUAGGAACGAACGCGCACAAGCUGUGCGCACGGUGUAUUGUUUGUUUUUAUUCACAAUAGCUAAUAUAUAACCACAUGGC